AUGGAACUGAACAAAAAUAAAAUUAAAAAAAUUGAUGAUAAGGAGGUGGAAAAAGGAAUUUCGAGCAAGGACAGAUCAUGUUCGGGUUCGAAAGGGAUGAUGACGCGGUCACAUUUUAAGCGACCAGCUACACCAAUGGGAGGUGCAAUAAGCGACAGUGGCGAGUCAGACUGCUCGCAAAUGUCAGCUGUAUCUCAAAAGUCGACAGUGUCUACACGUGCACGUAAGCGCACUCGGACGACGGAUACGUCUGACCAGGCUUCGGUUGUAAACUUGCCUGGUGUAGAUAAAAACUCCUUGGAGAAGCUAACCAAGGAGAACGCAGAAUUGCGAGCACAAAUAGCUUGCCUCCAGGAAGCAGUGGUUGAGCUAAAAAACCAACUUAAAACAUUGUCUCAGCAGGGUGAAAUACCAGAGACACAAGCUUCAACCAGUGGCGGCUUGGCACCAGAUACUGUGGCUCAGCUCCGACGUUCAAUUGCAGUAGAGAUUGGAGGCAUGAUGGACGCGAAGCUGGCUGCUCUAGAGGAUAGGUUGUUGCCAGAGAGGAGGCUACGCCCAGCUCUCGCCUCGGACGCCAGGACUCCUACGGUUUUUUCUCCUCCAGUCCAGACGGAGGCGAAAGCCAAUAAGAAGAAAAAGAAAAAGAAGAAAGGCCAAGCAUCUACGCCGGUUGUGCCAGAGUCGUCAGCGGUAUCUACACCCACUGUAUCGGUACCGAAUAGACAAACUACGAAAGCAGUUUCCCAAGAAACUUGGUCGCUAGUGGUAGGCCGUAAAGCCAAAAAAGUAAAAACGCCGCAACCUGCUGACCUAUCUGCUCAGUCACGUAUCCAAUCUAUGCAGAAAAAACAGCGGGUUAAACUGCCGAAGGUUCCUACUUCUGCAGCCAUCUCUAUAUGUGUAAAGGAAGGAGCAACUGUCGGCUUAGGAGAAGUAAUGUCAGUGGCAAGGAGACAAAUUAACAUUGUCGAAUUGGGUAUUACCACUGAUUUAUUACGAGAGAAACGUGCCGCGGAUGGUGGAAUCGUGCUGAUGAUAUCAGGCCAGGACUCAGCCUCCAAAGCUGAUGGCCUUGCUACACGCAUGAGAGAGGUCCUUGGUGACUUUCCUGUCGUAAUAAGACGGCCAACUAAAAUGGCAGAAGCAAGGGUCAUGGAUCUGGAUGACGCCAUAACUCCAGAAGAGGUUGUUGCGGCUAUAGCGAGGGUAGGUGGAUGUUCCGCUGAGGACGUCAAAAUUGGCGAAAUCCGGCGACCACCAACUUCCUUGGGUCACGUAUGGGUGCGUGGGCCUCUGGCGGCUAUGAAGAAACUGGCGUCUGACAAGCGCAUGCCAUUAGGUUGGACGUGCAGGCCCUCUAGAGGAAAUGGACACAUCACCUUCCCAGCCCUGAGAGUGCUCCAGUGCAACCUGAACCACUGCCGCAGUGCGCAGAAUUUAUUCCUGCAAACUGUCGCGGAAUGGUCAGUUGCAUUGGCGGUAGUGGCUGAGCCCUAUGGUCUCCAGGAUCACCCUCGUUGGUUUCGGGAUUCCGUUGACUCAGUUGCGAUUUACUGGGCUGGUGGAAGCGGUGGGCCUCACUGCUGUCUUUUAGAUAGCGGGCAGGGAUUUGUCGCUGUAGAGUGGGGACCAAUAGCUGUAGUGGGCUGUUACGUGUCCCCAAAUAUUUCGCUACAGGAAUACGAGGCAUAUCUGGAUGGAAUUGCGAAUUGCAUCCGGUGCAAAUGCUCACCCCGUCCGGUAUUAGUCUUGGGAGAUUUUAAUGCCCACUCUAGAGCAUGGGGUAGUACCCGGGACAGGCCAAGGGGCCACGCAGUACAGGACUGGGCGGCUUCACUCGACCUCCGAUUAUUAAAUCGAGGGUCUGUUCCCACCUGCGUCAGGUGGCAAGGGGAGUCAAUUGUAGACCUCACAUGGGCGACUCCUUCUCUUGCCUCUAGGAUAGUGGAUUGGAGAGUGGCUGAGGAAAUUGUCACACUUUCCGACCAUCGACACAUAGUGUUUGACGUAGCGACCAGUCUGGCCGAUGGUCGAAGUGGUGCAACUUCAAAUCCGCCGACACGACGUUGGGCCCUCAAAAAGCUCGAUAGAGAAAUGCUCAUCGCAGCUGCCAACGUCGUCGCCUGGCCAGAAGAGAGUUCGCAGGGGAUCUCGCCCGAUCCGGAAGGGGAGGCAGUCUGGUUCCGAGAUAAAAUGGCAUCAAUUUGUGACGCGUCUAUGCCUCGAAUCAGGUGCGGUCAGCGUCCGGGAGCGGCUUACUGGUGGUCGGCAGACAUUGCGCAUUUGCGUUCUGUCUGCCUCAGGCUCCGACGCCAGUUCCAGCGUGCUCGACGCAGAAGACAGCCGAGUGCUUCUGAAGAGCAGAUAACCAGAGCCUACCGAGAGUACAGGGAUGCAACUAUGGCACUCCAGCGCGCCAUCUUAGAUGCCAAGUCUCGAUCCUGGAAAGAACUCCUCGAGGGGCUGAACAGGGAUCCUUGGGGAAGACCAUAUCGUUUGGUCAUGGGGAAACUCCGUCCGUGGGUACCUCCCCUUACGGAGACUAUGGAUCCGGAUCUGCUGGAAAGGGUGAUAAGCACGCUCUUUCCAGUAGUGAGAGACAGUCCCUCACUGCCCCUACCUUCAGACUGGUCCUCUGACUUGGGGGUAACCGAAGGGGAGUUGGGUCGAGCCGUGCGUCGAAUGAGUGUUCGUAAUACCGCACCUGGCCCGGAUGGUGUUCCUGGCCGAGUGUGGGCUCUGGUUAUGCAUGCUCUUGGGAACCGCUUGCGUCGACUGUUCGACAGCUGCCUCCAAACAAGCGUGUUUCCCAUUCCCUGGAAGGAGGCUGGAUUGGUCCUCUUGAAGAAGCAAGACAGGCCCGCGGAGUCUCCCUCUGCAUAUCGUCCCAUCUGCCUGCUCGACGAGGUUUCCAAGCUCUUUGAAAGAGUGAUUGCUAAAAGGCUCGUUGAGCACCCGUCGCGUGUUGGUCCCGACCUGUCUGAAUGUCAGUAUGGUUUCCGGCAGCAGCGUUCCACAAUAGAUGCGAUACUGCGCGUCCGCUCGCUGUCGGAUCAGGCAGUUUCUAGGGGUGGGGUUGCGUUGGCGAUAAGCCUAGAUAUCGUCAACGCUUUUAAUUCCCUACCCUGGAAGGCAAUCAGGGAGGCCCUAGUUCACCAUAGGGUCCCUCCUUAUUUGCAGAACAUUGUCGGGGCCUACCUACGUGACCGGCGCAUCCGCUAUGUGGGCCGGGACGGUAGCGUUCAGCAGAGGGAAAUUACGUGCGGAGUUCCACAAGGAUCGGUAUUGGGUCCUUUAUUGUGGAACCUCGCUUACGAUGCCGUCUUGCGUGUCGAUCUUCCCGCUGGCGUCCAUGUUGUGUGUUAUGCAGAUAACACUUUGGUUAUGGCCAGUGGGAAUUCCUUUGAGGAGACCAUCCGGCUUUCAGAACUCGGUGUGGCAAAAGUCGUGGCCUCAAUCCACGAACUAGGCUUAAAGAUAGCGCCUCAAAAAACGGAGGCGCUGUGGUUUCACAAGCUGCCGAGGACCAGGGAGCCGCCUAGUUUGUCGGUACGAGUCGGAGAUACGCAAGUCCAGCACACGCUUGAGGAGUGCACAGCAUGGGAAUCUGAGCGGCGGGUCCUAGUUGCCAGGAUCGGGCGAGACCUGUCUCUGCCAGCAGUUAUUACAGCUAUGCUGACAGAGGCAGAAAACUGGAGAGAGGUGGCCUCCUUUUGUGAGACUGUAAUGUCCCAAAAGGAGGCGGCCGAGCGGGAUCGUGAGAGGGAUCCCACCCGUAGAAGGCGUCGAGGUGGCAACCACCGCGGCGCCUAA